AGUGUCCCCACGGGCUCCCGACGGUCAGGACGCCCCCUGUGCCUAGUGUGCACUGCAGGUCAGGGACACUGCCGUUGGCUGCAGCCCUGGAGAGCAGGACGGCGGUUCCCCAGCGGGAAGACACUGAGACAGGAAGGCGAGAUUCCAGACAGAGCCAGAGGAGUCAGUGUCCUGCGAGUGCUCAUUAUGAAGAGAGGUCUGGCUCUCAUUAGCCUGGCCUUCCUGUCUCUGCUCCCAGCUGGAUGUCCUCAGCAGCCGGCGGACGACGCCUGCUCCGUGCAGAUCCUCGUUCCAGGCCUCAAAGGGGAUGCUGGAGAGAAGGGAGACAAAGGCGCACCAGGACGGCCUGGAAGAGUGGGCCCCACGGGAGAAAAAGGAGAUGUCGGUGACAAAGGACAGAAAGGCAGUGUGGGUCGCCAUGGAAAAAUUGGUCCCAUUGGUUCGAAAGGUGAAAAAGGAGAUUCUGGUGACAUUGGACCCCCGGGCCCUAAUGGAGAACCAGGCAUCCCGUGUGAGUGCAGCCAGCUCCGGAAGGCCAUUGGGGAGAUGGAUAACCAGGUCACCCAACUGACAACUGAGUUAAAAUUCAUAAAAAAUGCACUGCCCUCCCCCGCAGCUGUUGCCGGCGUGCGAGAGACAGAGAAUAAGAUCUACCUGCUGGUGAAGGAGGAGAAGAGGUACGUGGAUGCCCAGCUGUCCUGCCAAGGGCGAGGAGGCACGCUGAGCAUGCCCAAGGACGAGACCGCCAACGGCCUGAUGGCCGCCUACAUCGCGCAGGCCGGCCUCGCCCGCGUCUUCAUCGGGAUCAACGACCUGGAGAGGGAGGGCACCUUCGUUUACUCCGACCGCUCCCCAAUGCAGACCUUCAACAAGUGGCGCAGUGGCGAGCCCAACAACGCCUACGACGAGGAGGACUGCGUGGAGAUGGUGGCCUCGGGGGGCUGGAACGACGUGGCCUGCCACAUCACCAUGCACUUCAUGUGCGAGUUCGACAAGGAGCACGUGUGAGCGGGCAGCCGGCCUCCUGAACCUUCGCUUUUUGCAGCGUUGUUAGCAGGGCCGCUCCACGACGGCGGCGGCUGGCGAGCUGCCCUCUGUAGUCAGGAGAGCUCUUCCCGAUAGCAUCGUCCCCUCGAGAAGCCCAGAGCCUCCUUAAGUAAAAGGCUGUUUUUUUCUGAACCUUCGAGAGUGGUGUAUGCUAAGGAGAAAAAAAAGUGUUUCUUGGGUGUUAUUUCUGAGGAAGCAAAGUUUAUUACUUGUAUUUUAGCCAAAAUUACAUAAAUGUUCAUUCUUUAAUUAUUACUCAGAAUUGCUCUUGCCUUUGUCCAAACUAUAAAAUAAAAUCUUUGAACAUUACGAUAGUUAAGUACAAACAAUGGUAGCGGGAUCUUAAAUUACUGUCUUCCUUUUAAUUUCUAUAUGGAAUAGAACCCACUUAACUUUGACCAAUGUUUCUGUAAAUUGUGUUAAAAUAUACAUUCCUUUUCACUAUUGUCCCAGUAGAAAUAAUUUUGCUUUGCUGCAAACCCAGAUUUCAGGAAAAAGAAAAAUAAAUUCUCCAAACUUGA